GUCCAACUUGUUCGAAAGUAUGGCCUGUCUAUAGGUCUGCUCCCUCCGGUGCGUCACGACUACAGUGUGGUGAGUACCGAACAUCUUGCUGUGAAGUUCGUACUCGCUGCCGUCCUCCAGGGGUCUCCAGUCCGCGUUGAGUUUUCUCUAGUCUCAUGAUGGCAGCUGCAACUGGUGAUGAAUAUGUCAGAGAUUCGGUGAAGGACUACUAUGGGAAACGGUUGAAGUCCGCUAAAGAUCUAAAGACUGUAUCCUGCAAGACAACACCCACAGGGUUGCCAAAACCUGUCCGGGAAGCCCUGUCUGAUAUUCAUGAUGAAGUGGUUAGAAGAUACUAUGGUUGUGGGCUGGUGAUCCCCGAGCAGGUCAAGGGGAUAAGGAUACUGGACCUGGGCAGUGGGUCAGGUCGAGACUGCUUCGCCCUCAGCAAGCUGGUGGGAGAGAACGGUUACAUUGUUGGGAUUGAUAUGACAGAUGAACAGCUAGAGAUAGCAAAUCAGUACAUCGAUUAUCACAGAGACAAGUUCGGCUACAAGAAGUCCAACGUGGAGUUUGUCAAGGGAUACAUUGAAAAGCUCACCGAGGCAGGAUUAAAGGAGAACAGUUUUGAUGCCAUUAUCUCGAACUGUGUGGUGAAUUUGUCUCCCGACAAGAAAGCUGUGCUGCGAGAAGCCUACAAAGUUCUAAAGGUUGGUGGUGAGGUGUAUUUCAGUGAUAUCUACUGUGACCGGAACCUUCCGGAAUCGGCACGAAAACACGAAGUCUUAUGGGGUGAGUGUAUUUCUGGUGCGUUGUUUUGGAAAGAGUUGUUUAGUCUAGCCAAAGAGGUUGGAUUCAGUACACCCAGGAUGGUUUCCGUAUCACCAGUUCCCAUCACACAACCAGAAUUCAAAGAGGUCAUAGGGGAUGCUCAGUUUGUGUCCGUGACAUACAGACUCUUCAAGUUACCUGAAACCAAGCAACCAGCCCGCCAAGUCAUCUACAACGGGGAGAUACCAGGACAUGAAACAGAACUCAAGUUUGACUUCGCAGUAACCUUUAAGAAGGGAGAUCUUGUACCUGUUGACAGUGAACUGUCGACUAUUCUAGACAGCUCCAGAUACAAGGAAGAGUUUGAGUUCCAGCCAGCUGGCAAGAUGUGUUGUUCUCCCACUACAAAGAUGGAACUGAAUCCAUUCGAGUACAUGGAAAUCCUGAAGAAAGAUGGCAAAUUACCAGCUCCAUCUUGUUGCUAGGAAACGGACAUUUCUCAUCUGAUUAGUGCUAUGUAAUUAAUAACCACAUACCUUAAUUCACAGUAGCUAUCAUUUACGUAGAUGACAUAAACUACUGGACUAAAUCAAAGACUUUACAGUUUUAUCGACUAUGGAAAUGAAAGAAUGGUAACUGAUUACUUUAAAUCCCAUACAUGUAUAGGCUAUUACAACAUUAUAAAUCUAUUGGUACAGGCCUCCACAAAUUGCAGGAAUAAUCAGUCCUAGCAAUGUGCUUUUUAUUUUGUUCAAUAAUAAAAAAGGUUCUGCAAACCAAAAUAGGUUACGGGUAUGCUACUCUCUCUUUUUUUGGCAUUACCCCUUGUCGGGGUAAACAGAUUUUAAAUGUGUCGAGGCCUGUGAGUAUCAAAAGAAAUUAUAUGUAAGCAAAUGUUUUUUAUUUAGUCUGCUUGGUGGUGGUAUGCUAGAAAAAGUACCCAAAUAAAACAAAAAACAAAAAAAAACUUA